AUGUGCGGGUCGGGUUGCUGGGGAGUGUCUGCCCUGGCUUUGUGGGCUGAGAUGGUGGCGCAAUGGGAUCCGCUGCUAGGAGAACAUGGCGGGGGAGUGAGAGGACCAGCCAGCAGCGCCCGUUGUUGUUACCCGAGUGGGGCACACCCCCUUCCUCCCUCCCGCCAAUCGCCGUGCGAGGAUGGCGCAAGUCGCACGCCCCCCUGCCAGCAACAGCCAACCGCGGAGGAACGGAGACCUCCCUGGCCCCGCCUCUGCCAAUCAGAGGCGACACAAACACAUGGGGCCACGCCUGUUUCCGCAGGCCACCCAAUCAGGGCAGAUGCAAGCAGUGGCCACGCCCCAGUCUCCGAGUCACGGGCCUGCAGUGCGAGGCGAGAGGGCGGUUCCCCGUGCGAGAGAAGGUGGCCAAUCAGGAGGCACACAAACAGCCGUGGUCACGCCCCGUGCGCACCAGCCAAUCGCGGAGGACGUAAACAGGCGGCGGCUCGCCCCCUGGGCGGUGCUGUGCCGGUGGGCUGGCACGCGUCGCCCGUCAUGGAGGAGCCGGCAGUGCGGCCCGUGGCGGCCGUUGGGCUCUCCGCCGCGGAGGAGGAGGGACCUGGCUGUGAGUUGGAGGGGCGGAGGCGGGACGAGCGGAGCCUGGAAGCGCUGAGCCUGGCCGCCAGCGGUGGGGCAGCGGCGGGGCGGCAGCUGCUGGAGGGGCGGCGGGCGACGCUGGCGAGCGCCCUGGAGCUGGAGGGGACGGUGCUGCGCGAAGGGCGCCUCACUCAGUUCGUAGCCAACAACCUGGAGCGGCGGAUCCGGCUGAGCGGUGCCCCGCGGGGCGAGGCGGCCGCGGGAGGCGGUAGCUCCAUCCCUGCCAUCGAUCCGGGGGCGCUGCAGGACGUGGUGGCCCUGGCAGGGCAGGUGGCGGCGCAAGUGGACGAGCUGCUGCGCAACGUGCACUGCGGCCUGCAGGCCUUGACGGCGCUCAGCGUCGGCUGCAUCCAGACCUACCGCGACGGGGUGGAGAGCCUGGGUGAGGCGGCCGACCUCAGCAUCCGCGCCAUGUACGCGCUGGUAGCGCGCUGCGAGGAGCUGGACCGUGCCAUGCAGCCAGUGCCCGCCUUGGCCAAGCGCAUCCGUGACAUGAAGGGCACCCUGGAGCGGCUGGAGGGGCUCUGCAAGUAGCGCUGCCCUUCUCGCUGUCAGCUGGAUGCCGAGUCGAGGCUGAUAAAAACGGGGCCCUGCCGACGCCCUUGCUGUACCAGCAGCGCUCCCACUGGGCCUUCGCCGCGUUCUAGAGGGCAGCUUGGACGCCCCGCCGUGCCAGGCUUCCCGCCGGGGCUGCUGCUGCGCUUCCUCCAGUAGACCCGUCCGAGGGGCCCGCACACGGUGUCGUGUUCAGCAGGCCGUCUAUACGUCCUUCCUCUCUGUACCCUUCUAUCUGACUAGCCGAGAUUUGUGGCCGGUUCGCUGGUAUUAAUCCAGAGGAAAUGUUUGCAGCAGCUGCAAGAGAAGGUCCCAGUUGCAAGCGCGGGGUAAAUGGCAGACGGUGCUUUUUAGCCUCAGCUCCAUUGAAAGAAACUGGGUUCCACAUGCCUUAUGCUUUCUAUUUAUUGAGGGCUAGGAAGAAAGAACUAACCAAAAUUUAUUUAAAAGCAGCUGAUAAUACUUUUUUUGUUUGUUUGUUUGUUUUUAAACCCGAUUCGAAAUUGUUGUGAGCAGUGAGUUGAUGCUUACAGGCAUACAUGUUUAUAUGUAGCUAACUUGGUGCCUGACAAGCAGUUCUCACCUCUGCCGUUCUGGCAAAGAAACACAGAACGCUGCUGUCUCUUGCAGGACACAGUUCUAUGAGAAGAGCAAAUUUAAUAUAUAUAUAUGAGAGACACUUGCUUUCUGACAACAGUAUAAAAUCCAUAGUAUAAAAUUGAGGUUCAGAUAAGAACAAAUCUAUAUACAAAGUUCUAAAUAAAAGCCUUCAGAUAAAGUA